AUGACGAUUAAAAAAACGAAAUUGAUAGUGGAACAAUUCGAUGACCUAGAUUCAACUGCAACUCGUUCACGGAAACCUAUUACCCGAAAUUCAAUUCCUCUACUUCCGAAAAUAAUAGGACUGACUACGUCUCAGCAAAGCAUAACAAUCGGCGGUCAAUCAAAGGAAUCAAUAUGGAAGGAUUGUCAAAUUGACACUGCCGCAAUAACUGAUGGGGUCUUUGCUAUUAUUAAAAGAAAUCUCAAAAGUGGAUAUGAAAUAAUUCACAAAGGUGUCAGUGAAAUCUAUGUGGAUUACGAAAAAAUAAACACUUCUACUGCGCUCAAUGAUGGUCAAAUUGCGUGCUUUGAAUUUCCAUCUGAAGCAACUUUAAAGCCGCGUGUAUCUAAGUAUAGGAUCACUCGAGGAGUGGAGAAUAGCGACGGAAGGCAACAGUACUCCCUGUUUCAGCUGAAGAAGACCAAUGAGACCAAAAAACCUUGA